UGCUUCUCUGCUUCAGGUCCCCCUGAAGACUUGCUUAGAGGGCAGAGGAGUCAUCUCUUGGAAGGGGAAUGUGCGUCUGAGUUCUGCGAACUGGAAAGGGCUGACCCAGCAUCAUGGAGGUGGUGGAGGCAGAGAGUCCCCUGAACCCCAGCUGUAAGAUAAUGACCUUCAGACCCUCCAUGGAAGAGUUCCGGGAGUUCAACAGAUACCUCGCAUACAUGGAAUCUAGAGGAGCCCACCGAGCCGUCUUGCCAAGGUCUUUGAUCCAUUUUAAUGUGAUUCUAGUACAGGUGAUUCCUCCUAAGGAGUGGAAGCCAAGGCAAUGCUAUGAUGACAUUGAUAAUUUGCUUAUUCCAGCACCGAUUCAGCAGAUGGUCACAGGGCAGUCAGGACUGUUCACUCAAUACAACAUCCAGAAAAAAGCCAUGACCGUGAAGGAGUUCAGGCAGCUGGCCAACAGCGGCAAAUAUUGUACCCCAAGAUAUUUGGACUAUGAAGAUUUGGAGCGCAAGUACUGGAAGAAUUUAACUUUCGUGGCACCUAUCUAUGGUGCAGAUAUUAAUGGGAGCAUAUAUGAUGAGGGUGUGGAUGAGUGGAAUAUCGCUCGCCUCAAUACAGUCUUGGAUGUGGUGGAAGAAGAGUGCGGUAUUUCCAUUGAGGAUGUGAACACCCCCUACCUCUACUUCGGCAUGUGGAAGACCACAUUUGCAUGGCACACCGAGGACAUGGACCUCUACAGCAUUAAUUAUCUCCAUUUUGGAGAGCCCAAGUCUUGGCAAGUCACUUUUUAAAUAGUAAUUUGCUUC